AAAAAUGAGUAGCUUAUCUUAUUUGGGAGAAAAGCUACAACAUCUUUUUAGCUCUAUAUUUUUGUAUGUGUCUUGUUUGUGUGGAUCAACAUGUUUUCUCAUUUCUUCUUUAUAUAAAUCCAUUCUUUUUAAAGUUAACAAGUUUUUCAUACAACUUUUUUACUUCAUCUUCAUCUCUAUUUUUGGUUUUUUGAUUCUCAGAAACUUGAACCCGAGACAUAGUGAAGAUUUUACGUCUACCAAUUUGGACUUAUUCUUCACUAGUGUUUCUUCUGCUACUAUUUCAAGUAUGUCUACUUUAGAAAUGGAAGUCUUUUCAAAUUCCCAACUCAUUGUUAUAACAUUUUUGAUGUUCAUAGGUGGUGAGGUCUUUAUUUCUAUGAUUGAACUUUAUUUAAUAAGACCUAAGUUUAAACCAUGGAGAAAAAAUAGCAAAAUUGAGUCAAUACUUAGUAGUAAUAAUAGUACUACUUCUAGCCCAAGAAACUCAAAUUUUAAUAAUGAUGACGAUUAUAAUAUUGAAUUGGACAUUGUUGUAUUACCUGAUUCUCCAAAAUCUAUUAAGUCAGAUAAAGAUGAUUUUACGUCAUCAGAUAAUAAUCUCAAGUACCAAUCUAUUAAAUUCCUUGGAGUUGUAACAUUAGUUUAUCUUCUAGUCAUCAACAUUGUUGGUAUGUCACUAGUUCUAAUGUAUUUAGCCUUUGUUUCAAGUGCAAAAGAUGUACUAAUAAACAAGGGGCUAAAUACCUACAUUUUCGCGAUUUUUACAACCAUUUCAUCCUUUGUUAGCUGUGGAUUUGUUCCAACAAACGAAAACAUGAUGGUGUUUAGCAAGAAUUCAGGUCUUCUUUGGAUUCUCAUCCCUCUACUUCUUGUUGGGAACGCGUUAUAUCCAAUGUGUUUGAGAUUUUCGAUUAGGUUGAUGGGAAAAUUAUUCGUGUCUAAGAAAAGAGAAGCUAAGUAUUUGUUGAAGAAUUCAAGAGAAAUAGGACAUUUACAUUUGUUUUCAAGACAACAUUCAAGAUUGUUGGUGGUUACUAUGUUUGGUUUCAUUUUGGUGCAAUUCAUAUUGUUUUGUGCUUUGGAGUGGAACUCUAAUGGUCUCAAUGGACUAAAUAGUUAUCAAAGAUUUGUGGGAUCAUUGUUUCAAGUAGUGAAUGCAAGACAUACUGGUGAAACUAUUGUUGAUAUCUCAACUCUUUCACCCCCAAUUUUGGUGAUGUUCAUAGUCAUGAUGUAUCUUCCUCCAUAUACAUCAUUUAUACCAGUUAAAGGUGUUGAAGAGAACACAGAAGAAUAUUUAUUUGGUGAAAAACAAAAAAGAGGAAAAGUUGUAGAAAAUUUCAUAUUUUCCCAACUUUGUUACCUAUCCUUGUUCAUUGUUCUUAUUUGCAUAACAGAAAGGAAAAAGAUGAAGGAUGAUCCACUAAACUUUAAUGUCCUCAAUAUCACUCUAGAAGUUGUAAGUGCAUAUGGGAAUGUUGGUUUCACAACAGGAUAUAGUUGUGAUAGGAUGAUAAAUGGAGACCAAAGUUGUAAGAAUAAAUGGUAUGGAUUUGUAGGAAAAUGGAGUGAUGAAGGUAAGAUAAUUAUCAUUAUUAUCAUGUUUUUUGGAAGAUUGAAGAAAUUCAAUAUGCAAGGAGGGAAAGCUUGGAAGCUCUUGUAAUUACAUUAGAGAAUGGUAUUCAAAGUUUUUAUAAUAAGAAGUAUUAUUUAAACAAAUUUGUAAAUAUUUCCCAUUCUCAAUGUAAUACAACUUUGAACUUUUAACAAUAUAUGAACUUCUUAGAAAUGCAUUUAGACAAUACUGUCUAUUAGGUGAAAACUUCUGCAAACAUCAGAUACAAACACAAGUGAUGAAUUACCAUAAGUCCUCAUAUUAAGUACUGUAGGUAUAUAUUCAUGAUGUCGAGAAAAACGCCCCUCAGACAAAUCACAGCAACUUUACCAGGUUAACGUAGCAACUAUCGAUCAUUUGAAGACAAAAUCUGGUGUAGUUAACAUCAUACUAAAUACGUAUGUUUGUCGUACAACAAAAUUGGAUUAUCCAACUCUCUUUUCUAUUCAAGGCUUCCUCACAU